AUUGCCUUUCAAUUCAUGUUAUUUACAAGUAUUCGUAUAACAACACUGAAGGUUGGAGAGAAAAACUAUUAUGGUUCAGCUAUUACUAUGGUUCAGCAGUCUUCUUCUAAAAGGAUAUAAUGCUAAUGCUUUGCCCUAUGACUACACGGCUUCAAUUGAGUGCUUGGCAAGGCCUCAUGAAGCUCAAUACCAUGGAGGAAUAAUUAUGAACCCAGAGUUGAAUGAUGGGUUGAAAGGAUGGUCUGCAUUUGGGGAUGCAAAAAUAGAGCAUAGAGAAUUUGAAGGCAACAAAUUCAUUGUAGCUCAUACCAGAGCUACUCCAUAUGAUAGUCCCUCUCAGGAUCUUUACUUGCUAAAAAACAGGCUCUACACUUUCUCAGCUUGGAUACAAGUGAGUGAGGGAAGUGUUCCAGUAAGUGCAAUUUUCAAAACCAAAAAUGGAUUCAAACAUGCUGGUGCUAUUGUUGCCGAGUCCAAUUGCUGGUCCAUGCUUAAAGGUGGCCUUACUGUAGAUGCAUCAGGCCCGGCUCAACUCUAUUUUGAGAGCAAGAACACAUCGGUUGAGAUAUGGGUGGAUAGCAUCUCAUUACAACCCUUCACUGAAAAACAAUGGAAAUCUCAUCAAGAUCAUAGCAUUGAAAAGAAUCGCAAGGCAAAGGUAAGAAUCCAAGCAGUAGAUAAGCAAGGAAAUCCUUUAAUCAAUGCUAAUAUCUCCAUCCAACAAAAGAAAACAAGUUUCCCAUUUGGAUGUGCUAUAAACAAAAACAUCCUGUCAAAUCCUGACUAUCAAAACUGGUUCACCUCAAGAUUUACAGUGACAGUAUUUGAGAAUGAAAUGAAGUGGUAUAGCACUGAACGUACCCGUGGAAAUUUAGACUAUUCUGUUCCUGAUGCCAUGAUUCAAUUCGCCAAGCAACAUAACAUAGCAGUCCGGGGUCACAAUGUCUUCUGGGACGAUCCUAAGUUUCAACCAGGAUGGGUGAACUCGCUUUCGCAAAGUGAUCUUAAUCGGGCUACCAUUAAUAGGCUAAAUUCUGUCAUGUCAAGAUACAAAGGGCAAGUUAUUGGUUGGGACGUUGUUAAUGAAAAUUUGCAUUUUAAUUUCUUUGAGAGCAAGUUAGGUCAAAACGCUUCUUCAGUCUUUUAUAACUUAGCUCAAAAAGCUGAUGGCAGUACUACACUGUUUCUGAAUGAGUAUAACACCAUUGAAGAAAGUGGAGACGGUAAUGCUUCACCCGCUAAAUACCUGCAGAAGCUGAGAGAUAUCAAGAGCUUUCCUGGUAAUGAGAUCUUGAACUUGGCGAUUGGACUCGAGGCUCAUUUUAGUACUCCAAACCUUCCUUACAUGAGAUCGUCUAUUGAUACUCUUGCUGCUGCAAAUUUCCCCAUUUGGCUUACAGAAGUAGAUGUUCAAAGCAACCCCAAUCAGGCACAAUACUUGGAGCAAGUUCUGACAGAAGUACACAGCCAUCCGAAAGUAGCUGGAAUUGUAAUAUGGUCAGCAUGGUCACCACAAGGUUGUUAUAGGAUGUGCCUGACAGAUAACAAUUUCAAGAACUUGCCCACUGGGGAUGUAGUGGACAAGCUAAUGGGUAAAUGGUCUGGCGUUAAGUCCUUAUCUGGCAUGACAGAUGCUGAUGGCUUCUUUGAGACUUCCCUAUUUCAGGGAGAUUACGACGUGACAAUACAUAACCAAGCUUCAAAUUCUUCCUUUGAUCAAAAGAUUGAAUUGGGUCCAACUGAUAAAAAACCAUUGCUACUUCAGUUAGUCCAAAGUUAAGUCGUUUUAUGGAGUUAGGGUGGGAGUUGGAAAGAUAACCAAAUUUCAGUGACAGUAGUCGUAGCUUAUGUCUAACUCUUAAUUUCUCAGGCAGGAAAAAUAUGAUAAAUUACGAUUCUAAUUUUUAUGUACUAAUAAAAUUUUGUCCCUUCUGCAUUCUGAAUGUUUGUAGAUGGUUAAUUGAAUGGUCUGAAA